GGACUUUUUAAGGAAAGUGGAAAGCAACAAGUGAACGCAGCACUGCCAAACCGACGCUAAAACGUGUUUUAUCCAAAUUCCACCAUCUAUUAUCAACUCUAUUUGAUAUUAACCGACCAAAUAACAAAUAGCUAACACAGACAAGUCUCGUAAACUGUAUUUAUUGACCUAGCUACGCCUAGAACCGACCCUUAUACGGAGAGGACCUGGCCAGCUUAGGCGCUGCUGCUGUAGUAAACAGCCAUCACAAGUGCCUCCAUUUAGACUUUAAAUAAUCCAUUUAAAAUGUGUUUAAAGCGCACACAUAUAAAUAGGGAAGCGGGAACCUCCUCUAGCUGUCAAACAAAACGAAUACGGGGGCAUAAAUAUGAAGAACGGGGCCAAAUUAUCUGCAUCAUCUCAAACAUGCUAGUAAUGUUAACAGUUAGCACCUAGCAUCAACGGUCUCUGACGAGCUAAAGCAGAUUAAAGCCAACAGCUGCCUGCUCGCUCGACCUCGGUUGGCUGUUCAGUUCCUCUACCGAGCCGUUCCUCUAACACUCGGCUGCUACCGCCGAAGUCCAGCUAAAUAUUUGAAUAUUUGGUAGAAAAUCAUAAUUUACCUGCUGGGUCGACGCAACUCUGGCGACAAAAUGUCAGUCCGCCUUUUCCCGGAAUUACUCCGCUGCUCUCUGAGGUUGGAUUCUUUCAUUCAUAAAAAACACAAGCGACAAUGACGUCAGGCCUAAAGAAUGAGGGCGGAGCUAACCCCGCCCCCGCGGCGUACUCCGGGAGGAUGUAAACAAGGAAUCCCUGCAUCCCAGAACUUUUCCAUGAGCAGCCUCCCCUUUCCCCUGCUCCCAGCAAGAACAACAACUGUGGAGAAAUAAAAGCACAGGGAGAGGCUUCAGAAUCCGCUUUUACUCACUGUGUUUAGCAUCUGGAGCCCUGUGAUGGUGAACAGGGAAAAUAAAGCAAAAUCCAACUACAAAAACAACUGGAGCAGCUACUGUUAACCACCGUGGUAGAAAGUAGUACUUCGAUAACAGCAGAUAUCUAUCUAUCUAUCUAGUUUAAAAAUUUUGUUCUAGAAAUCAUUGCUUGUACUAUUUUGCAUAUAAUAUAAUAAUUCAAUCAGGAUGAAUCCAUAUGACAAUAAACAGUUUAAAAAAAACACAAUGCUUUAUCUAGAAAAAUUAUUUUUGAGAGUAUAUUUCAGAGUUGAUAGGGCCUACAGGCUUCUGUAUUUGUGGUCAGUUUAUGACCUAUUCCUGGCACCAUUCUGAGGCCAACAAAAGUAAGCAAGUUUAUUUAUAUACCAUCUUAUUGUUAUUUAAAGUGCUUUAUAUACAAAGGUUAAAUACAGAAUACAGUAGAAUAAAAUAAUAUGCAUACAAUUCAAUUAAUCAAAAACUAUUCAAACAAGAUGAAUUAAGUACACACACAUUUUAUAGAAUAAUUCAAACCAAUUGAUUACAGUGGAAAAAGACAAAAGAUGAGACAAAUAAAGCUUGUAAAAGACAAGUUUUGUGCCCAGACUGUUAUCAUAUAUCAGGCCUUAAAUUCAAUUCUGUUUGCAUCUGGAAGCCAAUAAUCUAAGAAUCAGAGUAAUGUGUUCUCUCCUCUUGGUAUUCGUCAUUAUUCUAGCAGCAUUUUGAAUGAGUUGCAAAUGUCUAAUGGUGUUUAUUAGGGACGUCAGGAAACACUGAUGUGACAGAGUGGCCCCCUAGCUGGUAGAUGCAUUACUGCCACCUACUGGACUAUAUGUGGAACAGUAGGUUGGCAGCAAAUACAUUCCUUGCUAAAUCAGCAGGAAUUUUAAUAGAAAAUUUACUACGAUUUCAUAGAUGAGUGUUUCAAUUAUAGAGACAGCAGAGCAAGUGAAAAAAAAUAAGAAUCUAGUAUUUCUAUUUUGCUCUCCCUCCUUUAUUGUAUUAAUUUUUGUUUUAAAGUGUAAAAAUUGCAAAGCAUCCUGUGGUGCUCUGUUUUUUUUUUCGUUUUCAAAAUGCAACAGGCAGUCACAUCACACUGUUUUUUUUACUACAGCUACCACAACGCUGCUACUGAUGUGUAAAUUACAGUUUAAAGACACUACAUGUUGCAGAAGGAUGAUUCGGCAGUGUGCAAAAUUUCUUUACUCUUCACUAGGAACCUUUAAAUGCUCAAUACAGAGUGGAGUAAAUAAAUAAAGGAGUUGUUCAAGAUCAGCAUUAUGUCUGGAUCCUGCUCAUUCAAAGUAAUACAACUUCAUAAUACAUUUUUAAUUACAAAAAAAGCAACGACAAUGUGAGAAUUUGAAUAAUGUCAUGAAUGCUUCCGGCAUGAAUGGGUGUGACAGCAGCUGUAGGGAGACAUAGUUAAAUACACACUCAAAGUUACAUGCAUACAAUCUUACUCUACAACUUGUCUUUUUUGGGCCAUAGGGUAGUGCAACGAAACAAUAAUAAAUUGAUCACAAAUACAGAAGCCUUUAUGUCCCCAAAAAUGUCACAUUCCCUAAAUGGCAGCUGUUACUCUCAAACACAACAGAACAUUUUUAUCAAUGAAGUGUUGUUCUUUUGUUGACCAUAUAUUAGUGUUGUAGAGAUUUAUCAUCAUGGUGAUCUUAUACUAUGCAAAAUACAGUUUUUUAGGAUUCAACUUUUGAGAUUAAAAAUUCCCCCCAUAGUGUAUAUAUUUAUAUAUAUCAAUUAAGGGAAGAGAUCUCCAUUAAUUGUUACCUUGGCAACAGCUUCCUGGGGUUCAUGUUAAAACAUGGCUGCCCAAUCAACAUUACACCUGCACUGCAUGUAGUAUUAAAAGCUACAAUUUUAACGUUUUAAAACACUUCAUAAACACUCAAAAAGCAUUCACAACACCCGUGAAACAGCUGGAUAUGGCGAAAAACACAUUUAAACGUUAAAAUUGUAAUUAUCUCUUUCCAACGUUAUUAAAUCUCGACAUCUGAUUCCAGAAUGUAUAUGUUGCAUCUGCUGUUUGCGGUCAGAUAUUCACCAUCAUUCAACUGUACCCUUGAGUUUUGCCUUCAAAGCCUGAUACUAAACUGAGUGGACUUCUUAGAAACUUUUACAAAGUGCACAACUCUUCGACAGCAGCCAAGUCAACGGCUGGUUUUGUCUGGUAAGAGCUUUGGCCAAAUCAACUGUUGGUUAAAGAACUUUGUUCAUCCAUUUGUUUUCACCUUCCUCGCUUUAUUUAAUUGCUUGAUAAUGUUACAUAAAAUACAGAACUGGUUAAGUUGUAUUGAAUGUCAACACUUACUAGUUUUACCUCUGUAAAAGUACAACUCCAUGUAAGCAAACGAACGCUGAGCAGCGAAACUAGUUUAAUUUCCAAUGUUAUCAGUUUUAUCCUGACACUUGGCUAGUCAGUUAGCUUGCUAAUGCUACAAUUAUUCAUGAACACAGCUAACUCACAGUUGUCAUUUACCCGGACAAACUUUAAUAAGUGGGCAACAAAUGUUUAAGUGUAUUAUUUUCUUCCCAUUUCAAGUGAUUUUCUCAUUUUUAACAGCCAGAAUUAUGCUUUUAGAAGUCAUAGGAAAGCUAACGCUAGCUUAGCGUGUAGCGUUCAAUGAUACGAGCUUAGUCUUAACUUGAGCUUCAACUGAACUUAUCGUUGAAAAAACAGCAGCCAAGAGAGUCAUUAAUCUUUUGUAUUUUUAACACAUGCAGUUCAAAGUCUUUCUCUCGAAAAAUCUGUUGACACGUUUCAGUUGGAAACAACAUUUUUACUGUGUUUUUACAUGACACUUAUUUGGCAAUUUUUGUAACUAAUUGCUAUUUUACAAAAACGAUCUUAUAAGCAAAACCAGAGGAUCCUGUAAAUAUGAAGAAUACACACAUUAUACUUGAUAGCAGUGAUAAUAAUAAUGAUAAUAAUUAAAACAACAACAACAACAACAACAACAAUAAUAAUAAUAAUAGACACACAUACACACAGUACUGUUUUAAAGUUUGGGGUCACUUAGAAAUGUCCUUGUUUCUGAAAGAAAAGAUUAAAAAAAAUAAAAUCAGGAUAACAUAAAAUGAAUCAGAAAUACCGUCUAGACAUUGUUAAUGUGGUAAAUGACUAUUCUAGCUGGAAACAGAUGAUUUUUAAUGGAAUAUCUCCAUAGGGGUACAGAGGAACAUUUCCAGCAACCAUCACUACUGUGUUCUAAUGCUACAUUGUGUUAGCUAAUGGUGUUGAAAGGAUAAUUGAUGAUUAGAAAACCCUUGAGCAAUUAUGUUAGUGCAUGAAUAAAAGUGUGAGUUAUCAUUCACACUGCAGGACUUUUACUUGAAAUGGGAUAUUUUAAUUUAGAUAUCCUGCUAACUUCUGUAAAUUAAAAUAACUUUCAUUCCCAAAUAUACCUACAUGUCGUUCAUUUAUUGUUACCGCUUUCUCUCUCUGCCUCUUUUCUCAUGUUUCAUCCUCCUCCAGAGUAUAUUCUUGAAAUUCAUCAUGACAGAUCUUGAGAGCCAGAAGGAGGGGCAGCCUAAGGGGGAGAUCCCUUUAGGAGAACUAGGAGAUCACACGGGCGAGUCUGAGCCACUGCCCUACCCAGACCUGGCCCCUGUGAUCUGCUUUGACUUAAGUCAAACUGCAAGACCCCGUAACUGGUGUCUGAAAAUAACCUGUUGCCCAUAUCCUUUCUGAUUGGCACAAGUAACCUUGUGUGACAUGUGUGAUGGUCAUACAAACAACUUUUAUCCUUGAGUAGAUAUCAUAACCACUCUAUAUUUUUGAGUGUAUGAGGGGGAUUUUCAAAAAUGAACAUCAAUACAACCAUGUGAAUUUGUGCCCUUGGCUUUCCCAUUCCAAUUAGACCCUUCUAAUAACUCUGUCCUGUAUUGUCAAUGAAUUGUAUGAAUGCGUUCUGAUCUUAACGUCUUCUUCCACAUGGUUGGACAUGCUGUCUGUAGUGAUUGUGUUGCUCAACUGUGUGAAGCAGGGCAUGUAUGACCCCUGUAAAGGAGAGAGCCCCAUCCAAGAGGUCAGUAUGCAUCCUGCAUUUUAAGAAAUUGGCACUGGAAGACAGGAAUUCAGCUUACUGGAGUUCUCAUUAAGUUUCAUUCAACUGGUUUGGUUGGAUUACGUUGGAUUAUAUUAUAAUGCUUUAAUUUAUUCAUAGUUCACAGCAUUCUUGCCGAACUUGCCUCAUUUGCUUAAAUAUGUUCUUGUAGCAGAGUAAUCUCUAACUCAUGUCGUUUAUGCCGCCAUUAGUUUUGCUGUUUUGACUGAUUGUUAACAAUACAUUAUUUCCUUUAUAUGGCCAGGUAAUGGAUCAUUUGGUCUUUGCUUACUUUGUGAUGGAAAUGGUCAUCAAGAUGAUUGCCCUUGGAAUCUUUGGCCAUAGCAGAAGUUACCUUAGCAACAACUGGCACAAGUUUGACGUCUUCAUCAUGUUUACAGAGGUGUUGGAUUAUAUUGUUCUUGCCUUUGGUGCAAACUUCAACAUAUCCUAUGCAUUUACGCCAAUGCGACUGAUCAGCAGAGAACCGAGUAUGCGAGAGUUCGUGUCAAUUCUUCUAGGCACUGCAACUAUGCUGGGAAAUGUUCUCCUCCUCUAUAUAUUCGUCAUCCAUGUCUUUGCUGUUGUGGGAGUCCAGCUGUGGGCAGGAACUCUGCGCCAUCGCUGCUUCUUAGGACAAGACAUCCCCACAAUGUACAAUGUGUCCCUAAGCCCAUACUUCUCGAACACAUAUGGUGAAAAAACCCCAUUCACCUGUUCACUUGAUGGAACGAGCGGGAUGCGUCACUGCAAGGAUGUGCCUCCUUACCGAGAUGAUGGGAUGGUCUGCUUGUUGAAUCCUCUUGUCUAUAAUCCAGUUGCUCCACCGGUGGCUGGGGCCAACAAUAGCACUUGUUUCAACUGGAACGUAUACUACAAUGUCUGUCUCCCCGAUGGCCCAAACCCUAACAAAGGGGCUCUCAACUUUGACAACGUCGGCUAUGCCUGGAUAACCAUGUUCCAAGUUGUCACUCUGGAAGGAUGGACGACCGUCAUGUAUUAUAUCAUGGAUGUUUAUUCCUUCUGGAGUUUCAUAUUUUUCAUACUUACCACUGUUGUGGGCUCCUCUGUCAUAAUGAAUGUGUGUGCAGUCGUCAUCGCCACCCACUUCUCAGGGGCCAUGAGAAGAGAUACAGAAAGGCAGCAAGGUGGUGCUAUGUCUAUCAAACAGCUCUGUUGCAAGUUACUCAACAGGCUGAAACAGAUCAUCCUUGAAAGGCACCAAAAAAGAAGUCAAGUCAGUGACAGGCAGACAGAAAGAACUGCCUCGUAUAUUCUGCUUUGGACAACUAUCCAUAAAAAACUGGAAAAGAUUGUCAACAGUAAAGUCUUCAAUGGAUCGAUCAUGUUUGCCAUUUUCCUCAGUAUCCUCACCAUGGCUGUGGAGUUCCAUGGGCAGCCUGCCUGGUUGACCGUCAUGUUACAGAUCAUUAACAUAAUUUUAACCAUUGUCUUUGUGGUGGAAAUUACCUUAAAGCUGGGCGCUCUCUACUGGACAUACUUUACAGACAAAGAGAACUUGCUGGACUUUUUCGUUGUGGUCGUCAGUUUAUGGGAAAUAUCUGCCAAGGCUGAACGCAAGCUGUCAGUUGUGCGUGCUUUUCGAGCGUUGCGGUUAUUGAGGCUGGUCCACUACCUUCCUUACCUGAAGAGACAACUGCUUGUGCUAAAGAGGACGAUUGCAAAGGCAGCCACGCUCUGCUUGUUACUGCUGUUCUUCAUUUUUAUAUUCAGUGUAAUCGGCAUGCACUUGUUCGGUUGUAAAUUUGGCUUCAGGUCAAAAUAUGGGGACAUCGUUGUGGACAGAAAGAACUUUGACACCUUACUCUGGUCUAUGGUCACUGUGUUCCAGAUUCUGACUGAGAAGGACUGGUGUCAAGUGCUACAAAAUGCCAUGGCUGUCACCUCCCCAUGGUCUGCUCUCUACUUUAUUGCAGUCAUUGUGUUUGGGAAAAAUGUUCUUUUUAAUGUACUGGUCGGCAUAGUGGUUGACAGCUUCCAGGCCAGGCCCUCCAAAGAUUUUGAGCCUUCAAUGCAGUCUGUCAUCUUACGUCCAACUGAUGUGACACAUGAGGAAAGCCCCACAACAGCCACAGAAGACUCUUCCCUCCCUGCCAGUGAGCUCAGCAGAUCCGAUGCGAUUGACCCAUCCCACGAGGAAGACCCUGCACCAACAGCUCCUGAAAACAGCAAUAGAUUCUUGGAGUGGAUGCAGAGAGUGCUCCACUGGUGCAGAGAGCAUGAAGAAUGGUCAUUGUUUUUGUUGCCUCCACAGAACAGGUUCCGUAGGUUUUGCCAGCGUGUGGUCUCUCACCAGGCAUUUGACAUCAUCAUUCUGCUUUUCAUUAUAAUAAGCUGCGUUACUAUUGCUAUGGAGAGGCCUGGUAUAGACCCCGCUGGCAUGGAACGAUACAUCCUGACUAUAUCCUAUCUCGUUCUCUCUGUUGUCUUCUUAGUAGAGAUGCUCAUUAAGGUUCUAGCUCUUGGUAUGGUGUAUGGUAAAGACAGCUACUGCAGGUCUUUCUGGAAUAUCAUGGACGGCUCACUGGUGUUUCUGUCUGCAAUCCACAUCCUUGUCAGAGUGGCCACCGCUGGCAGAAAUGAUAUGCAGGGCCUCCUCAAAAUUUUACGCCUGCUACGCACAUUUCGUCCAUUGAGGGUGAUAAAGCGAAUCCCGAAACUGAAGCUUGCCUUUCAAGCUCUGAUUGCUUCAGUAAAACCCAUGGGAGCCAUCAUUGUUCUUUGCUGCGUCUUCUUCUUCUUCUGUGGUGUCCUUGGGGUGCAGUUGUUCAAAGGGAAGUUCCACCACUGUUUGGGCGAGGACUUAAGAAACAUCACCAACAAGGCUGACUGUGACGAGGCCAAGUAUGACUGGGUUCAGAAGGAGUACAACUUUGACAACCUGGCUCAGGCUCUGAUAAGCUUGUUUGUAAUGUACUCGAAGGACGGCUGGAUGAGGAUCAUGUAUAGUGGGCUGGAUGCUGUAGGAGUAAAUCAACAGCCUAUAAGGAACUACAACACAUGGAUGCUUCUUUUCUUCAUCUCCUUCAUGAUUAUGAGCUUCUUCCUCCUCGACAUGUUUAUUGGUGUAAUGGUGGAAGCCUUCCAUCAGUGUCAGCAGGACCAAAACAGAAUAGACAAGGAUUUGGAAGCAGAAUUGCAAGACCAUCCCACAGACCAAGAAGAGGCACCAUAUUACGCAUACUACUCCCCCUUACGUCGGCGGAUACAUUCUCUGUGUACCAGCAAGUUUCUGGACAUUUUCAUGACCAUCAUAAUCUUCAUUAGUGUCCUGAUGAUGUCUUUUGAACAUUAUAAUCAGCCUCAGGUAAUACACUCUCUCACUGUUAACAGAUCAAGCUUAGAUAGAAAUAGUUAGCACUAAUUCUAUGGAGUGGUAGAAACAAAACUGUGUGUGUUUAGUAUAUUAUAGAUAUUACUGAGUACUCGCAUUGGCUCUUCACUGCUUUCCUGAUCAUUGAACUGCUGCUGAAGCUGGUGGCGUACGGUGUAAUGAGGUUCAUAAAAAUCAGUUGGAAUGUGCUGGACGUUUUUGUCGUGUUGGUGUCCGUCAUCAGUAUCAUUUUCACCCAAGUGGAAAUUAUGGACACAGUUCCCAUCAAUCCCAGCAUCCUGAGAGUCUGCAGGGUUCUAAGACUUGCACAAGUGCUUAAAGCCAAGAGGAUAAGAGUUCUGCUGAAGACCAUAACUAGGACUCUGUCGCAGGUUGGAAACAUUUGUCUGCUCUUCAUGUUCUUCCUCUACAUUUAUGCUGCACUGGGAGUGGAGCUGUUUGGCAAGCUAGGACACACUGGCGGAAUGUCGUCCUGGUGGUUUCAGUGUCAUCUACAUGUGGUGGGCCUCUCCGCUCUACUUCACCAGCUUUGUGAUUAUGGCCCAGUUUGUGCUACUGAACCUGGUGGUGGCUGCAGUCAUGCAAGCUCUGGAGGACAUCUCUGAAGUACAGCAGCUACAAAUACACAGACCAAGAAAGCACACAAACAUUCAGUCAUUCACAGUAAUAUCUCUAAGGCUUUUGCACAUACAUUUUACUGAAAUUUCGUACGAGGUUUCUUUGAAAGAACAGAGGAAAUUAGUUGUAAUUACUGGAAAAAUAUUCCAAAAUACUAAUUCUAUAACCUAAAAGGCGUUUUAGUCAGUGCACAGAAGAUAAAAAUGUGACAUCGAGCCACCCAGUGAGCACCUGCAUCGAUUUCUUGUUGAAAACUGGGUGUUAUGUAGUGUAAGAUGUUUUUUAGCCCUCGUUUUAACCUGCAAAAUUCCUACAACACAUAUUCGUUGAAUCAUUGUGUAGGUUAAAAUCAAGACAUUAUUAUCAUUUCAUUUAGUUUCUUUAUUCCACCUAAUAAAUUGUAUUUGUUUUUGAUAGUUUUUACCUCAUCCUUGAUGCUUUAGAAAUACUGUUAAUAUAUAGUUUAUUAAAUUGUAACUGAUCAGUGUAGAGGACUCCAAUGUUGUAUUGCAGUGGUAGCUGAAAUGUACGCUACACAAAGAUAUAUUUUAAUCGCAUUUAAUGUUCUUUAAUAAAAUUUCACAACUAUAGAAGUAAAAAGGCUGCAUGCUGCCAACAAGAAGCUUCCAGUGCAUUAGUAAGAAAUAGUUCAAGUACUUAUUUACAGCUUUAAUUGCUCCAAAGGUAGAAUCUGCCCUCUUUCUUUACUCCACAUUGCCAAAUGUUUAUUCCAUAAUGACAACAGGCUAUUAUUUGCAUAGUGGAUGAAAAACUUCACCGUUGCAAGUCUCUGCAAAAUAUGGUGUAAAUGUUCAAACGUUUUCAAAUAAUCACUUUUCACCAGUAAGCAUAGUCUUCCUUUCAUCGUCUUAUUAACUGAAAAAUGCUCACUGGGUGCAGUCAAGUGUACAAAUGCAACAUAUAUGGAGAAUAGACUUCUCAGUAAUAAAUAAAUAAUUCAAUAAAACACAUAAAUCCCCUUUAAAAAAACAACAUAGCAAGUAUAACGUGUUAAAAUGACAGCUAUUAAGUAAAUCCAAGUGUUUGUCUGAGAACAUGGUCCCUUUUUUUCUAUUAUUCAACAAAUCAUUUUAACUAUUAAUGGAAAACAAAUUUACUAGCAUUAAAGUGCACAACAAGAAUGUUGUGUUUUGGCGAAAGAAUAAAUAGUGAUGUGUCUUUACAGGAAUAAUGUUGAUUUUUUUUGGGCUAUAAUUUAUCAACCCAGCCUUUUAAACUUCUGCCCCACUAUCAAAACAUGUUUAUAAUAUAAAAACAAAAAAAGUUAUGACAUUACUAUUUAAAUAGUGAUGUAACAGAAGAAUAUUUUAAUACUUCAGAAUUAACCCAAAUAACAUGUUUCUCCCUCUGGAGGAGGAACAACUGCGAGAUAUCCGGCAGACCUAAACGCCCACAGAGGAGAGAUCCUGAUUCUGCUGUUGACGUUGAAUCAUCCUCAGGGUAAUUGUGCGCACAGAAAGGAUCUUCAUUUGUAAAAAUAUUGUCUUUUCUAGCAGCACAUGUUGCUUUUAUUUGAACCGAAUAAUUCAGAAAUAGUAAAUUUUUCAUUAUUAUUUGUAGUUGUAAUUAGUGCUGUAAAUAGUGCAAAUAAGGCAUGAUUCUAAGGCUUUUGGUGCCAGAUUUUAAGCUUGAUGUCUAGUUUUUUCCAUUUGAAAAUUAAAAUGUUUUAUUUUCUUCUUUUAAUUUGUGAUAAAUAGUGCAAAUAAGAUGCGAGGAGGAUGUAUUUGUAUUUUUUGGCUUUUUAUUGGAGGAUUUUACGCUUGAUUUGUGGUCAUUUUCUUUCAUUAUUAAUGUGUGCUGUAUUAUUUUUUGCUUCUUUUGUUUUUAAAUUGCAUUUAUAUUGUAUCUAUCACAAUGAUUGAUUUUGAAUAUUGUAAAUAUGAGUUUUUUGCAGUGAAAAUAAAAUUAACAAACCUGA